AUGGCCGCGGAGCUGAGUAUGGGGCCCGAGUUGCCCACCAGCCCGCUGGCCAUGGAGUACGUCAACGACUUCGACCUGCUCAAGUUCGACGUGAAGAAGGAGCCGCUGGGUCGCGCGGAGCGCCCUGGCCGGCUCUGUACGCGCUUGCAGCCGGCGGGCUCUGUGUCGUCCACGCCACUCAGCACGCCCUGUAGCUCGGUACCCUCGUCGCCCAGCUUCAGCCCGACUGAGCAGAAGACCCACCUCGAGGACCUGUACUGGAUGGCGAGCAACUACCAGCAGAUGAACCCUGAGGCGCUCAACCUGACGCCUGAGGACGCGGUGGAGGCGCUCAUCGGCUCGCACCCGGUGCCACAGCCGCUGCAGAGCUUCGACAGCUUCCGCGGCGCGCACCACCAUCAUCACCACCACCACCCGCACCCGCACCACGCGUACCCUGCCGCCGGUGUGGCCCACGACGACCUGGGCCCUCACGCGCACCCGCACCAUCACCACCAUCACCAAGCGUCGCCGCCGCCGUCGAGCGCGGCCAGCCCCACGCAGCAGCUGCCCACCAGCCACCCCGGGCCAGGGCCACACGCGGGGCCCGCGGCGACUGCGGCGGGCAGCAGCGGCAGCGUGGAAGACCGCUUCUCCGACGACCAGCUCGUGUCCAUGUCGGUGCGCGAGCUGAAUCGCCACCUGCGGGGCUUCACCAAGGACGAGGUGAUCCGCCUGAAGCAGAAGCGGCGGACCCUGAAGAACCGGGGCUACGCCCAGUCGUGCAGGUAUAAACGCGUCCAACAGAAGCACCACUUGGAGAACGAGAAGACACAGCUCAUUCAGCAGGUGGAGCAGCUCAAGCAGGAGGUGUCCCGGCUGGCCCGCGAGAGAGACGCCUACAAGGUCAAGUGCGAGAAACUCGCCAACUCCGGCUUCAGGGAGGCGGGCUCCACCAGCGACAGCCCCUCCUCUCCCGAGUUCUUUCUGUGAGUCGUGGCCGGUCUGGGCCCCAGCCUUGAACUGUUUGACUUGGAGAGGGAGGAAGGGCGCGCGGGCUGCGGGCGGGCGCGCGGGCGGUUAGGGGACCUUGGCCAAGGCGAGGGCAUUGCGCGCCAGCGCCGCCUCCUAGACUCGAGAAGAGCCAGGGGCAGAGCAGAGGGUGGGAGGUCCCUAAGCAACUUUAUUCUGGGCCUGAGGGCGGCGAGGCACAGUCCUAAGGCGUCGCCAAGGCCAACCCGAUGCUCCCGGCUUUCUGAACUUUGCGCGCUUAGCCGGGGCCGCUUCCUCGCUGUCCGGAGCGCGGUCUCCCCAGGAAAAGAGCGGCGAGGAGAGGGACACUGGCGUACCCGCAGGCGUGAGCCAAAGCUGAGCGGAGGAAGGACAGAUGGACCGGUCUGUCCAGGGUCGGGAGAACACUGCCUCUCAGCCCGGGGUUGCGCGCGGGCCUCAGGACGCUCGGCGCGCAAAUUUCAUCAGUUUUAUUGCCUGCUCGAUUAUAUAGAAAAAAAAAAUACGAAAAUCUGCAUUAAAAAUAUUAAUCCUGCAUGCUGGACAUGUAUGGUAAUAAUUUCUAUUUUGUACCAUUUUCUUGUUUAACUUUUAGCAUGUUGUUGAUCAUGGAUAAUAACCCCCUUGUGUUCUCGGGUGGAAGGAAUCGCAGUUUGGGAACUCCAGCCGCUGCGUGCGCGCUGUUUGAGUUUCAGUCCCGGCUGUCGGCUUGUAAAUACCCGCCCCGCCAAAACGCAUAGAAAACGUGGCCACAAGCUGAGUGUCUUUGUUUGAGUUUAUGAUGAUGAAAAAAAAAUUUUUUUUGUAAGU